UUCUGCGAAGCCUGGACGGCUAUGUCGUCCUAGUAUGGGACUUCUUGACAAUGCACAUCCACGAAUCCGCUAGCGGUAGUCACACUCGGAGCCCUCGAUUUCGCGUGCGAACACAAUCUGUAAAUCAGUAAGCUGGUAUCCAAUGGUGUACAUGUCUAAUUUCAAUCAUUCUGCGAUAGUAUGAGAAUUUUUUGUUUGGUGUAUCGUCAGAUUCUGUGCCAAGCUCUCAUCAUCAUUGCAAUUGUAAAUGUCAUCAACAUCAACAACAUCAACCUCAUCAUCAUCAUCAUCAUCAUCAUCAUCAUCAUAGACGAAAUCAAACACACAUACCAAUCGAUACUAAACCAUCCAAUCAAUAUAUUGUUACGUCAAAUAAACUAGCAGAUUUAGAGCCAUGCUUUAAGUUAGAAGAUAGUGAGCCUAAUAUGAUUGAUAAUAAUAAUAAUAAUAAUAAUAAUAAUAAUAAUAAUAAUAAUCAAUAUCAUCAUGUAAAUAUAAGCGGCAAUAAAAUUGAUCCACAGAAUAGAAAUGACAGUAGUAGUUGUAGUAGUUGUAGUAAUAGCAGUAAUAGUAGUUGUUGUUGCAGUUAUUCAUUGCCAUCAAUGAAAUGUAUGCUUCGAUGUUGUUCACAGCCUAAUGAUGAUACUACACUGUAUGAUAACAAUUGUAGACAUGGAUCUUAUUGUUCUAGAACCUUGAAACAUAUGCAUCAGUCACCUUGUCCUAUUGUUACUACUACUACUAACGCUACAUGUACAUUUUCCACGACUAUUUCCACAACUUCAAUGAUGAUGAUGAUGAUGACAAAGCCAACAGCAACAACGACAACAAUUUCUAGUCAUAUCAACAUUGCUAAUUCAGCAGCUGGAUUAAAACGUCGACGUGGACCAAUGAGUGAAUGUAGUAGUAAUGAUUUUCAUCACAAUGAAUCUAAUCAUUAUUAUUAUUAUUAUCAUCAUCAUCAUCAUCCUAAUCAUAAUCAUCAUAAUCAUGAAGAAGAAAUCAACAAACAUUUAUUGCCACAUGAUGAAUUAUCAUCUUGUAAUUGUUGUUUGUUUAAUAAACAAACUACUGAUCAAUUAAAAAAUAAUUUUGAUAAUAAAUCAUUGUUGGACAAUGAACAUUUAGAUUAUAUGUCGACAAUUUUAUCAAACAGUCGAUUAGAUGAUCAUUUAGACUGUCAUCAUCAACAUUAUCAUUGUUGUCAUCAUCAAUCUAUUUGUGUAUGUCAUGAUCAUCUACAACAACAUUCAAUAUUUCCAUUCAAUGAUCCAGAGUCAUCAUUUAUUCCUUCACAUUCUGGUUCUUAUUCUUCUACUAAUUCUGGUUUAAAAUGUUUAUCCAACUUUGAUGCAUAUAAAUAUCAAAAUAAUUCAAUUGAAUCCAAUAUUAAUGAUGAGCAUUAUUACCAUUCGUCUUCUUCUGUAUCAUCAAUCAAACAUUGUGCACAUUCUAAUUUGAAAAAUACUACAAUCAUGAUGGAUAAUGAGAAAAAUGGUAAAAUCGCUGAAACUUUCAAUGAUCAUUCAUGUUCUGUCAUCAACUCUAUUGGGAAUCCAUGCUGUGUAUCAUCGUAUGCGGAUAGAAAUAAAUACAAUGCUUACAAUAUAAACUGUGGACAAGAAUAUGAACAUUUUUCUAGUGUUUUUUCCGAGGAAAAUUUUCUACAUCGUUAUACUUAUAAUGAAUUAGAAAAACUUCAUGAAAUGAUUGAAGAUGAAAAAGAACAUGAAACACCUGAAACAAUGAUUGAUGAAAGUAGUAAUAAUAAUGAUAGAUUAUCUGAAAUAAAUCAUCAUCAUCAUCAUCAUCAUCAUUCUGUCAUAUCAUUGUCAUCACCACCAUCAUCAAUUCAUGAAAUUGCAUUUACUCCAAUUCAUUCAUUAGAUAAUAGAAAUGAUGAUGAUAGUUGUGACAUACCGAUACACAAUCAUCCAAAUGUUGUACUACUAGAUGAAUCAGUUGAUACAAAUAUGCAGAAUGAUGAUGAUGAUGAUGAUAGUACUGGUAGACAAGUUUUACUAUUUACACCAUCAUCCACUACCAGUUCAAACUCUGAUCGAGAAUUAUCCGAUGGCAUGAAAAGCAUUCUUUCGCCACAAAUGCCUAACCGACGACGUAUCUGUUCAGAAAUUUUAUUAGAUGAAUCAAAUAACAACAAACAGACAUUGUCUUUCACUGAUCUAGACUUGGAAUUAAUUGAAAAUGAUUGA